AUGUAUCCGCUUGGAGGACCGAUGUCGACUAGCGAUCAGAUGAUGCAUCCCCACCUCGAUGAACAAGUGAAGCGUGACAAGGCAGCAAUCCACUCACAUCCGCUUUUUCCUCUGUUAACCGUGCUGUUCGAGAAGUGCGAGCUGGCCACGUCAACUCCUCGCGAGCAGAAUCGCGACGGAACGUCGAGCAAUGACGUUUGCUCAUCGAGUUCUUUCAAAGAGGACCUCGCCGAAUUCGUAAAAAUGGAGAACACCUUCUAUGUGCCGAAUCGGGAGCUCGACAAUCUCAUGCUACAAUCGAUUCAGAUGCUUCGCUUCCACUUGCUCGAGCUGGAGAAGGUUCACGAGCUUUGUGACAAUUUUUGCAACCGCUACGUCACUUGUCUAAAAGGAAAGAUGCCGAUGGACAUCGUCGGCGACGAGCGAGCCUCUUCUUCCCAACCACCGAUGUCUCCUGGAUCUACCGCCCAAUCUGCCAGCCCUAGCAUGGGAACUCCAAUGAGCCACUUCCAACCACCUUACGAGCCUCAAUCCGUUCCAUUGCCCGAGAACAAUCGAGCGAUGCCAAACUCAAUGGAGGGACCGUCAAUGGGCUAUCCAUUACCCUCUCAACCGGGCCACCCUUUAGCGAUGGGCGGGACGUCACCCUCGGCGGCUGGGACGUCCCAAACCCUGCCCAUCUAUUCCAGUUCGACAUGCCUCCGGAAUGAUGUCACUCCACAAUCUGGGGACACACCUGUACAGCCCAACAACAACGGCAAUCCUCCGAGCCUAGACUCAAUUUCCGAAGCUGGCGACGAACUGCUGUCGCUGUGUGGUUCAAACGAGGACGGUCGAGAGAGUGUGCUCAGUGACGGUCAGAAUGGUUCCAUAAAUGGACACAAACGUAAAGUGCCGAAAGUGUUCUCGAAAGAAGCAAUCACAAAGUUCCGUGCAUGGCUAUUCCAGAAUCUCACGCACCCCUACCCAUCAGAAGAACAGAAAAAGCAGCUGGCAAAUGACACGGGGCUUACCAUACUACAGGUCAACAAUUGGUUCAUCAAUGCUCGACGUCGUAUUGUACAACCGAUGAUAGAUCAGAGUAAUCGUGCUGGUCGAGCGCCGGCUGUGAGCGUUUUCAAAAAUCGAAGGCGGAAUAGGAGCGAUCAAAGUCCCGGGCCGAGUCCAGAUCUUGGAGCCGGUUACUCACCCGAUGCGGCAGCUGCCGUCACAAUGCCAAUGGCGUACCCAGGAGCAGAUAUUUACAAUAUGCAGCGGACCAUGUUCCCAACCGCUCAUUAUAGCGCCUUCCCGAAUCCGUAA